CUCGCCCCCCAUUUCUAUUCAAACAUUUUCAAACUCACCCACCAUUUCUAGCUCCUCCUAUUUCUCUGUCUUGGCUCUCAUUUCAGUAGAAAACCAAAGCUUAGAGAGGCAGAGGUGAAUUGGGGUCGAACCAGGUCAUGGAAUGAGCAGAGGAGCUUAGUUGGCUAAGAGGGUGGAAGCAAAAGUAAGCAAAGCUGCAGAGGAAGAUGAGCACAGCAAGAUUCAUCAAGUGUGUCACUGUUGGGGACGGAGCUGUAGGGAAAACUUGCAUGCUGAUCUCUUAUACCAGCAAUACCUUCCCUACUGAUUAUGUGCCUACAGUGUUCGACAACUUCAGUGCUAAUGUGGUGGUGGAUGGAAGCACAGUUAACCUUGGAUUGUGGGAUACUGCAGGACAAGAAGAUUACAAUCGGCUGAGGCCUCUUAGCUAUAGAGGUGCCGAUGUGUUCUUGUUGGCCUUCUCUCUAAUCAGUAAAGCCAGCUAUGAAAACAUUGCCAAGAAGUGGAUACCUGAGUUGCGGCAUUAUGCCCCAACAGUCCCAAUAGUACUUGUGGGAACAAAGCUAGAUUUGCGCGAUGACAGACAGUAUUUGAUUGAUCAUCCUGGUGCUACACCAAUAGCAACUGCACAGGGUGAGGAACUGAAGAAGACAAUUGGUGCUGCAGUUUAUAUUGAGUGCAGCUCCAAGAGUCAACAGAAUGUGAAAGCGGUGUUUGAUGCUGCCAUCAAAGUUGUUUUGCAGCCUCCUAAACCGAAGAGAAGGAGACGGAAGGCUAGGCUGUGUGUGUUUCUCUAGAUGUUCUUGUAGCUCCUGUCUCUCGUAACAGUCUACGUACAAUACUUCUUCCAAGUCUUCAAUCUUAUUAAUGAUGCCAAUACUUCUGGCAAUUGUUGCUACCCAUAUUCUGCUGAUAUAUUUUUCCAUAUAUUGUAAUAUUAGUAUAUUCCUGUUCCAUGCUUGUUAUGGAAUAUAAAGGCAAGUAUGCUAGAUUUCUUUAUUGUAAUUUUUGCGGUCAACAAAAGCAAGAUAGCCAGGCAGUUCAAUCUUUGUCAAAAUGGAAAUAAAAUUGAAGCUGAUAUGCAGCAAGUCAAUUGUUAAAAUG